UUAAGUUGAGUGAUAAGGAAUGAACAACCACGUCUGAAAAAGAACGAGAAACGAGGAAGGGACUGGCAAUGAUGAUGGGGACUCGUCCCCAAUUCUUCCUCGGUCAGUGACUUCCAUGGUGCGAAAGUUUGAAAAUAAAUGGAGGAAUGUGUGAACAACACAGAGGCAGGCUUCUUUGGUGUUUAUCUUCUAUACUGUCUAAAUCCUCGCUAUAAGGGACGCACUUAUAUCGGAUUUACUGUUGAUCCUAAUCGCAGGAUCAAACAGCAUAAUGGAGGGGUGCAGAAAGGAGGUGCUUACAAAACAAGCGGCCGAGGCCCAUGGGAGAUGAUUCUGAUUAUACAUGGGUUUCCCAGCGAUAUUAUUGCCUUACAGUUUGAGUGGGCUUGGCAAAAUCCAGGAAAGUCCAGACGUCUUCGCCACAUCUCUAACAAAAAGACUAAAGAAAAAGAUGUUGAAUUCCGCUUUAGAGUCCUCUCUGAGAUGCUUAAUGUUGGUCCUUGGAAUCGACUUCCUCUCACGAUAAGAUGGUUGAAGCAAGAGUACAAAAUGGAGUUUGAGAAACAACCACCCACUCAUAUGCCUAUAGCAUAUGGACCUCUAAGUAAAAGAAAACCUGAGAAAAGCAAGAGGCGAGGUAGAGAGGAAUUUGAAGAUGUCAAUAUUUCCCACUAUACUUGUGUGGUUUGCUCUGAAGAGAUCAAGGAUGCAGAUGACUGUCUUUCAUGUAUUUCAGAGAGUUGUCAAAUGAAAGCUCAUCUCAUUUGUUUGGCCACAAGAUUCCUGAUGGAAAGUGAGGACAGCUCACAUCUAAUCCCAGUGGAGGGAGAUUGUCCAACUUGUUAUCACACAUUUUUAUGGCGAGAUUUACUCAAACAUCGCAAUGGCAUGGAACAAACUUCAGAUUCAAAUGCAAAUAGUCCUCACUGGGCAGAGGCACUUCAAAGUCAAGAUGAUAUUUGAUAAACAUUAACUGUUCAAAAUCACUAUAACAUCAGAUGUCCUGUCCUAAUUAGCACUUAGCAGCAAAUUCUGAUGUAAUAACAAUUGUUGUUUUGUGAUACAAAAACCUUGAAAUCACAAAGAAUUUAAUGUGGCCCACUAAUUGGCUGGUGCUGUGAUAUUUGUACACAGAAAGCUCAUAUCUAACUUUGUGCUUUGCACGAUGAAGAAAAAAUGAAAUGAAAAGAUUUCCUUUUCUGAGAAUAUUGUAAUUAAAGCUUCCAAUGGCCAAGCUCAAAAAUUAUGUUCUCAGAUGAAGUUACAUGAUGUGUUGACAUGUUCUUAGUGGCAAUUUUUCAAUUUAAUAUUAUUAUUUACUUUUUGGCAAAUCUGCCUCUUUUAUAAACAGACAGACUUAUGCAAGAAAUAAACAAUGCAACAAGCACAUUAACAAA